GCUCUGUUUGUUUUAUAAUGGUCAUUGCAAGUGGAAAUUAAAGAAAAUUAUUAAUUUAUAGAUUAAACAAACAGAAUUCAAAUAAUAUCUUUUGUCUGAUAAGAUGGAUCGAUGAACAUAAGCCAAGCAAGAUUAAAGACAAUGACUUCUCUUACCUUGCUUUCUCAAAUUUUAAAUAAAUUGUCGUUUCCUAUCUCAUCAAGCUUUUCAUGUCUGAAUUGUCUCUGCAACACAGAGAGCUAGCUCACUUGAAAUCUUUUGUAUUCUUGCUGAAAUUCUGCAGCCUUUCAUUUCCAAAGCUUUAUUCUUUGUUUUUGAAGACUAAAGCCAUCUUAAAGAUGUUGCAGCAAAGUAUCCACAGAUUCGUUUUCUUGGUGUUAUGUUUUCACUUGAUGCUCCUUGCAGUUGCCCAAACUUCAACUACAGAUCCCUCUGAAGUCAAUGGAUUGCUACAAGUAAGGAACAGUUUGAUUGAUCCCAUGAAAAAUCUGAGGGACUGGGGCAAGGGAGAUCCAUGUACAUCAAAUUGGACUGGAAUAGGGUGUUACGAUAAAAUUGGAACUGAUGGGUACUUGCAUGUUCAGGAACUGCAUCUACUAAAUAUGAAUCUCUCAGGAAAUUUAGCUCCUCAGCUAGGCCAACUCACUAAAUUGGAAAUAUUGGAUUUUAUGUGGAAUGACUUGCAUGGCGGCAUACCAAAGGAGAUAGGACUCAUUUCAUCCUUAAGACUCCUGCUUUUGAACGGAAACAAAUUUUCUGGUCCUUUACCCAAUGAACUUGGCUAUUUAUCAAAUUUAAAGAGAUUCCAAGUGGACCAGAAUGAAAUUUCAGGUUCGAUACCAAAGUCAUUUGCCAACUUGAGCAGUGUGAAGCACCUCCACUUUAACAACAACUCCAUGAGUGGUCAAAUUCCAUCCGAGCUGUCCAAAUUAUCCACUCUUCUUCACUUGCUUUUGGACAAUAAUAACUUAUCUGGACAUCUUCCUCCAGAACUCUCAGACUUGCCAGAGUUGCGCAUACUUCAACUUGACAACAACAAUUUCAGUGAGUCUGAAAUUCCAGCUACUUAUAGCAAUCUUUCCAAAUUAGCAAAAUUAAGUCUUAGAAAUUGUGGCUUGCAUGGACCUAUUCCUGAUCUAAGCAGCAUACAAAACCUAUCCUAUCUGGAUCUGAGCCAGAAUUACCUAACUGGACCUAUAACAUCAAAAGUUUCUGCUAAUACAACAACCAUUGAUCUGUCAUACAACCGUCUUAAUGGAUCUAUACCUGGAAGCUUCUCAAAUCUUCCUGUUCUUCAAAGACUAUCACUUGAAAAUAAUUUGUUUGCUGGUUCCGUUCCAGCUAACCUCUGGCAGAACGUGUCCUUCGGCACAAAUGCUACACUUAUAGUUGAUCUCAGGAACAAUUUACUCUCAAACAUUUUAGGGGAACUAAACAUGCCAGAUAAUGUUACCCUAAGAUUGGGUGGCAAUCCUAUCUGCAAUAAUUCCAACUUACCAAACAUUGGCCAGUUCUGUGGAUCUGAAACUGAAACUGAAGAUGAUGGAACUGAAAGCUCAACAAAUUCUACAAUGACAUGUCCUAUUCAAGGAUGUCCUACAGAUUAUUUCUUUGAAUAUGUCCCAGCAUCCCCUGUGCGAUGCUUUUGUGCAUCACCUCUUAGAAUUGGAUACCAGCUUAAGAGCCCCAGUUUUUCUUAUUUUCCUCCAUAUAUAUUUCAAUUUGAGAAGUACUUAUCUAGUGCUCUUAAACUGGACCUUUCCCAAAUAUACAUCGAUUCAUAUUUUUGGGAAGAAGGUCCUCGCUUAAGUAUGUUUUUGAAGCUUUUUCCUAUAUGGAAGGACGCACAUUCAAACACAUUUAAUUCAACUGAGGUUCAGCGAAUUAGACACAUGUUCAUAUCGUGGAAUUUUCCUCGAACUGACUUUUUUGGACCAUACGAGCUUCUCAACUUCACUCUUCUGGGACCUUAUUCACAAUUGAGUUACGGCGGUCAAAGGACAAGAAUCAGCAAGGGAGUUUGGGCAGCAAUUAUAAUAGGUGCAAUCAUUUGCACCAUUGUAGCAUCCAUAACAGUCACACUUCUGAUUGUGAGAAGGCAUGCUAGAUACCAUCGGAAUCUGUCAAGAAAACGGUUAUCCUCUAAGGUAUCAAUGAAAAUUGAUGGUGUGAAAUUCUUCACUUUUAGAGAAAUGGCCCUGGCUGCUGAAAAUUUUAACAGUAAAACUCUAGUUGGUCAAGGAGGCUAUGGAAAGGUUUAUAGAGGAAUUUUAGGUGACAACACAAUUGUGGCUAUAAAGCGUGCAGAAGAAGGUUCCUUGCAAGGCCAAAAAGAAUUUUUAACCGAGAUUAGAUUGUUAUCCAGGUUACAUCACAGAAAUCUUGUUUCAUUGGUCGGAUACUGUGAUGAAGAAGGAGAGCAGAUUCUGGUAUAUGAGUUCAUGCCCAAUGGCACCUUGAGGGACUGGCUUUCAGCUAAAGCUAAAGACAAACUGAACUUUUCUACGAGGUUAAAUAUAGCAUUAGGUUCAGCUAAGGGCAUUCUUUACCUCCAUACUGAGGCAAGUCCUCCAGUAUUUCACCGGGAUGUCAAGGCCACCAACAUACUUCUGGACUCCAAGCUCACUGCUAAAGUUGCUGACUUUGGGCUGUCACGUCUUGCUCCAGUCCUAGAUGAUGAAGGGAAUUUGCCAAAUCAUAUAUCCACAGUAGUGAAGGGAACUCCAGGAUACCUUGAUCCAGAAUAUUUUUUGACCCAUAAGUUGACAGACAAAAGCGACGUCUAUAGCCUUGGGAUUGUAUUUCUGGAGCUCUUGACUGGAUUGCAGCCAAUAUCACAUGGCAAAAACAUUGCCCGCGAGGUAAAUAUGGCUUAUCAGUCGGGUAUAGUGUUCUCUAUCAUAGACAGCAGAAUGGGGUCUUAUCCAUCUGAAUGUGUUGAGAGAUUUAUAGCAUUGGCCCUUGCUUGUUGCCAUGACAAGCCAGAGAAUCGGCCGUCGAUGUCAAAAGUGGUCAGGGAGCUAGAGAACAUAUUUAAAAUGCUGCCAGAGCCAGAAACUGAUUCCAUCUUUUCAGAAUCCACAUCCCAGUAUUCUGGGAAAUUAACUUCCACAUAUUCUGGCAAUUCGACAUCAGCGUCAUCAUCUUUGUUCAAUUCAACCACUGGUCCAUAUAUAUCAUCCAGCGUUUUAGGGAGUGAUCUUAUCAGUGGUGUAACUCCCACCAUCAAUCCUCGCUGAUGCAGAGUUGCCGUUCUAUGUACCUGAUCUUUUCCAAAUCCUCACAAAACGAGUGCAGUUUCUUAUUUAUGUUGAAUUUUAGGCUGCUGUAAAGUGGAUUGAUACCCCAUUUUUUCCUUUCUAUCAUGUGAACAGAGAAAAAACAUUAUUUGUGCAAAGUGAAAAGAAAAAUUGUUGCUAUUUUGUAAGACCUGAUAGGAAGUUCACUGAAAGAAGAACAUAAAUAAUAAAUACAUGAAAGUUCAGAUAGGUUCGAAUA